GCUGCACAACACCAAGACGCCCCACUCAGCAAGACUUGGAAGUGGAGGAGGGGGAUCAUGGACCACAAGUGCACCCUGAAAGCAACGUUCCAGGCAGUCCGGCGAUUGCAUUUGAUGUAAGCCUGCUGGCAAUGGACUACUCGGAGCAAUUCACAUGAGCAUGGGCCAGCUAUUGAAAGUGCAGCGCUGCUCACAUCGGCUUCACAGAGAGCGUCUCCAGACGACCGACUUCGACCCCGCCUCCCUGCAAGUCUGCACCAGCUCCCAUGCUGCCCGGAAGUGUCAUUGAGCUCCAGGUACCGCGCAACCUUUCAGUCCCGCUGAUGGCCAUGGCUUUGGAGAUGUUUACUCAUACUCUCUUGCUUCCCGCAACGGCUCAUUGUAGAACCACACUCUCCAAAAUCGUCGCAUGCUCCACCCUACGCCGAGCCCGUUGCCUUCAACCGCGCCGCGCCUCCGCGACUUCCGUCACAAGCUUGUGCAUCAGUCCCUCCUCUAGCAGCUAUUCGCUAAAGGCGAGACUCCUGUCUCGUCAUAGCAUCCUCUACUGCCAGAGCCUGUUCGCACAGGACGCUAGCUGCGACUGUCGCCUUGAUUACCUCACUCCUUGCGGCUCUGGCUCAGCAACGACAUGUGGCAGCAGCAUGUUGAGUCCUUUCAGGAGACUUACAAGCUCAAGCGCGCUCAGCAUGAAAGGAGAGACCAGUACGGGCCCAGGCCCCUCGACGGAUCUAGAACCCUAGAUGACAAGAAGCAGGAAGUGUAGCCAGCAAUUGGGAAUGAGAAAUGCA